GAAAUUUAUAGAAUCUAAUUUUUUUUUUGAAAUUUACUAUAAUUGGCAAAUUUAUAUAUAUUUGCCCCCUUUUUAUGCUCCAUUGGGAGGCACGACAAGACCCCCGUGCCCCUUUCGUGUGGUCAGUUGACCCCUUGAGCGUUUGGCCCAUUUGAUCAGGAGGACAAAACCAAGGUGUGAGCCAUGGUGAUGUUCAAGAAGCUGAAGGUCUUCCGGCUGUCCUUCUCCGAGCCGGACGAGAAGGUCUACGGGAGCGGCGAGAAGGUCUGCGGCCGUGUUGAGGUCCAGGUCUCGGAGGUCACGCGGGUCACGGCCUUGCGCCUCCUGGCCUGCGGGGUGGCCAAGGUCUGCUGGACCGCCGGGCCGCAGCAGCGCAAGCAGUGCAUGGAGUACCUGCGCUACGAAGAGGAGCUUCACCUGGAGGACCAACCUCAAGAUGCAGACGGUUCUGUGAUUCUGAGGCCCGGAAACUCCUACGAGUACAAGUUCUCCUUCCAGCUGCCCCAAGGGCCGCUGGGGACCACCUUCAAGGGCAAGUACGGCUCCGUGGACUACUGGGUCAAGGCCUUCCUGGACCGGCCUUCUUUCCCCACCGAGAAGGUCAAGAAGGAGUUCAAGGUCAUGGACGAGAUUGAUGUCAACACGCCUGACCUCAUGUGCCCCAUCUCUGCCAAGAAGGAGAAAAAAGUCUCCUGCAUGUUCAUCCCCGACGGGCACGUCUCGGUCAGCGCUAGGAUUGACCGCAAAGGCUUCUGUGAUGGUGAUGAGAUCUGCAUCAACGCGGACUUUGAGAACACGUGUUCGCGCAUCGUGGUGCCCAAAGCGGCCAUCCUGGCCAAGCACACCUACCUGGCCGGCGGUCAGACCAAGGUCUUCUGCCAGAAACUCUCCUGCGUGCGCGGGAACCACAUCAUCUCUGGGAUGAGCGAGUCCUGGCGCGGGAAGAGCAUCCGCGUCAAGAAAAUCAAGCCCUCCAUCCUGGGCUGCCACAUCCUCCGCGUGGAGUACUUCCUCCAGAUCUACGCCAGCGUGCCCGGGUCCAAGAAGGUGCUUCUGGAGCUUCCGCUGGUCAUUGGGAGCAAGUCGUCCGGGAUCGGGAGCCGCAGCUCCAGCAUGGCCAGCAGCCAGGCCAGCUCCGAGAUGAGCUGGGUCGACCUCAACCUCCCCGAUGCGCCCGAAGCCCCCCCAUGCUACCUGGACAUUGUCCCCGAGGACCACCGCCUGGAGAGCCCGACGGCCCCGCUGCUGGACGACCUGGACGGCUCCUCCUUCGACAGCCCCCUCUUCAUGUACGCCCCCCCGUUCCAGUUCAUGCCCCCGCCCACCUACACCGAGGUGGAUCCCUGCACUGUCAACAACAACAACAACAACAAGGUGCAGUGAAAAACAGAAAGAAGCAACAAUGAGUUAUCUUUGUUUUUCUUCCUUUAUGACGGACUUGUAUUCCAAAGAGUUGCACCCGUUCCUUGCAACGGGACGAAGAAGAAGAAGAAGAGACACUCCUCCUCCCGCGGUUGGGCCUUUCCUUCUGCCUUUUGGGGGGAAAAACUUCCUUUCUUCUCCAUAGAAGUGGCCACGCGGAGCCAGAAGUGUGGGUGUGUGACAAAAGGACAGGCGCAGUGGUGUCAGCGUUUCCCUUUGGGAAAAGAAGGAAAUAACUACUGAUGGAAUCUCAAAUGGAGCGGUUGCGAUUUGAGAUCAAAGAUGGAAAGUGGAUGUUUUUGGUGUGGAAUUGUGGCUUUUGUGUAUGUGGUGUAUGGUUCCUGUGGAUAGAGGCGAUUCUUGGGCAUUUGGAGGCCUCAAAGACUCGAUUUAAGGUGGAUUUUGGAAAGAGAGAGUUGCAUCGAGAUCAAUAAUGUCUAUCAAUACUGAAUAGAAUCCAUUCUUGGGCUCUUUAAGGCCUCAAAGUCUCAAUUUAAGGUGGAAUUUUGCAAACAAGAACUGAAUUGAGAUCAAUAAUUUCUAUCAGUAUUGAAUAAAAGUCUCAAUUUAAGGUGGAAUUUUGCAAAGAAGAACUGAAUCGAGAUCAAUAAUUUCUAUCAGUAUUGAAUAGAAUCAAUUCUUGGGCAUUUUAAGGCCUUAAAGUCUUGAUUUAAGGUGGAAUUUUGCAAAGAAGAAUUGAAUCGAGAUCAAUAAUUUCUAUCAGUACUGAAUAGAAUCCAUUCUUGGGCAUUUUAAGGCCUUAAAAGUCUCGAUUUAAGGUGGAUUUUUGCAAAGAAGAAUUGAAUCAAGAUCAGUAAUUACUAUUAUCAAUUUUUGGGCUCUUUAAGGCCUUAAAAGUCUCGAUUUAAGGUGGAAUUUUGCAAACGAGAAUUGAAUCAAGAUCAAUAAUUGCUAUUAAUACUGAAUCGAAUCCAUUCUUGGGCAUUUUAAGGUCUCAAAGUCUCGAUUUAAGGUGGAUUUAAGGUGGAAUUUUGGAAGAGAGAGUUGUAUUGAAGUCGGUGUUUGUUAUUAUUAUUAUUAUUAUUAUUAUUAUGAGAACGUGGCAAUAAACGCACUCCGUUCGUUAAGCAAUAAGCAAAUUAACCUUAUUUUGCAAUUUCAAAGCAAAGCCAACAAGCAUUGUUUGUUAUUUACUUGAUUUCUAAUGACGUUUUUGUUUUUGUUUGUGGUUGUUUUGUUGGAUUUUUUUGCGUGUGGAUAAACCAGGAAAAGGUUGGGAAAUAUUUUGGGAUAUUUUCCCAUUAAGUAUCUAUAUCUAUCUCUGUAUCUCAGGCAUUUUUCGCGGCAUCUUUAUAAAUACCGAAAAAGACCAAAAUAUGCAGAUUUGUUUGUAAACAAGUAAACAACCGGGUGCCAAAAUGGCUUUGCCUUUGUUUUUCCACCCAAAGCCUUAACGAGUCUCUUGAUUUUUCUUUCUUAAUGACGUGGUUUAUCCUCAACGGAGAUAAAUAAAUGCACUUUUUUAUUAUUGUAUUCUUUCUGAUAGCACUGCAUUAUUGUUGUUAUUGUUGUUUUGUUGUUGUUGUUGUUGUUAUUCAAAGUGUUAAUGAAGCCCAGGUUUCAAUGUAAUUAAUGCAAGAGAGAGAUGCUCAUCUCCUGUUUUCUACUCCUUUUGUGAUGCUUUUCUUCCUAAUUUCUUUUUGUAUUGGUUUGGAAAAGUUAUAUAUUUUAUAUUGUGUUAAUAUAACCUCUUUUAUGCGGGGUUGACAUUUCGUAAAUAUAAUAAAAGUUUCCAAAACUUUAAAGAA